UGUUCUGGAAACCCGGAUGUAACAAUAUAAGCAGUUGCCUGAGUGAGAGCAGGCAUGAGUUUGAGACACUGAACAAGAAGCCGACACAAGACGGAGUCUGCUGAGAUUCUUCAACAUCUUGGAGCGACACAGAACUUCUCUCUGAAAGACCUUUUAAAGGAGCAAGCAGGAUGUCUUCAGCGAAGGGAAUAUCCAUUGGCAUUGAUUUGGGAACCACCUAUUCUUGCGUGGCGGUUUUCCAACAUGGCAAAGUGGAGAUCAUCGCCAACGACCAGGGCAACAGGACAACUCCCAGCUAUGUGGCCUUUAGCGACACAGAGAGGCUCAUUGGAGAUGCUGCCAAGAACCAGGUCGCCAUGAACCCCACCAAUACAAUAUUUGAUGCCAAGCGACUAAUCGGAAGAAAGUUUAAUGACUCCAUCGUCCAGUCCGACAUGAAACUUUGGCCUUUCAAGGUGAUCGAUGAUAACGGAAAGCCCAAAGUUCAGGUGGAGUAUAAAGGUGAAACCAAAAACUUCUACCCCGAGGAAAUCUCGUCAAUGGUCCUGGUUAAAAUGAAGGAGAUAGCCGAGGCCUACCUGGGACAAAAGGUUUCAAAUGCUGUCAUCACAGUGCCAGCUUAUUUCAAUGAUUCUCAGAGGCAAGCCACUAAGGAUGCUGGAGUGAUCUCUGGUCUGAAUGUUCUGAGGAUCAUCAACGAGCCCACAGCAGCAGCGAUUGCCUACGGCUUGGAUAAAGGUAAAAGAGGAGAGCGCAACGUGCUCAUCUUUGAUCUCGGUGGAGGCACCUUCGACGUAUCCAUCCUGACCAUUGAAGAUGGCAUCUUUGAGGUAAAAGCCACUGCAGGAGACACACACCUUGGUGGAGAGGACUUUGACAAUCGGAUGGUCAGUCACUUCCUUGAGGAAUUUAAAAGAAAGUAUAAGAAAGACAUUAGCCAAAAUAAGAGAGCAGUUAGGAGACUGCGCACCGCUUGUGAGAGAGCGAAGAGGACCCUGUCCUCAAGCACUCAGGCCAGCAUUGAAAUCGACUCCCUGUUUGAGGGCAUCGACUUCUACACUUCCAUCACAAGGGCACGCUUUGAGGAGCUCAACUCAGAUCUCUUCAGGGGAACACUGGAGCCAGUGGAGAAAGCCCUACACGAUUCUAAGAUGGAUAAGUCCAAGAUCCAUGAAAUCGUCCUGGUUGGUGGCUCCACAAGAAUUCCCAAAAUCCAGAAGUUCUUGCAAGAUUUCUUUAAUGGCCGAGAAUUGAACAAGAGUAUCAACCCAGAUGAAGCAGUGGCUUAUGGUGCAGCAGUCCAGGCUGCCAUCCUCAUGGGUGAUACUUCGGAGAACGUCCAAGAUCUGCUGCUGCUGGACGUGGCUCCCCUGUCUCUGGGUAUUGAGACUGUUGGUGGAGUCAUGACGCCGCUAAUCAAACGCAACACCACCAUUCCCAGCAAGCAAACCCAGAUCUUCUCCACCUACGCUGAUAACCAGCCUGGUGUGCUAAUUCAGGUGUAUGAGGGGGAGAGAGCCAUGACCAAGGACAAUAACCUCCUGGGCAAGUUUGAGCUCGCUGGCAUCCCUCCUGCCCCCCGAGGUGUACCACAGGUGGAGGUAACUUUCGACAUUGAUGCCAACGGUAUUCUGAACGUAUCCGCCGUCGACAAAAGCACCGGCAAAGAAAACAAAAUCACCAUCACCAAUGACAAGGGCCGCCUCAGCAAACAGGAGAUUGAGCAGAUGGUACAGGAUGCUGAUAAGUACAAGGCUGAAGACGACCUGAAGAGGGACACAAUUUCAUCAAGGAACUCACUGGAGUCUUACGUCUACAACAUGAAGAGCAGUGUCGAGGAUGACAGUAUGAAAGGAAAGAUUCAGGAGGAGGAUAAAAAAGUUGUAAUUGACAAGUGCAACCAGACAAUUUCCUGGCUGGAGAACAACCAGCUGGCAGAGAAGGACGAGUAUGAGCACCAGCAGAAAGAACUAGAGAAGGUGUGCAAGCCCAUUGUGACAAAGCUGUACCAGGGAGCGGCACCACCACCAGGAUGCAGCAGCGGCCAUGCAGGAGGCAACGCUCAGGGUCCCACUAUUGAGGAGGUGGACUAAUAUCAUGAAUGUCAGCAUUUUGUUUGCACGAAUAUGUUAACCUAGUCGAAGUGUUUGUUUGCACAACUAUUGUUAAUUUAUUGUUGUUAUUUUUGCUAGUAAUGAUACAAAUAUUUUAUAUAGCUGUGAUGUUUGAACAUUAAAUUGCGAGUUUUCCUCCUAGUCAGCAAGCAGGUGUAGAUAAAAUUGACUUCACCAUUAUUAGCCCUCAAUCAACUGGCACUCAUUAUAGAUUUUUAUUCUGCUUCGUUCACUUUUCCCUCUUGUGUCCUCUCACAGCACAUUUUAAAUAAAGAUUUAUCAAAGCCUUCAAA